AUGCUUGAAAGAUGGAUAUUAGAAGAUGAGGAUGGUGAUUAUGAUGAUGAGCUUGGUUUGUUUUAUGUUCCUAUCGCUGAGAGAUUGAAUCAUAGAACAGAUCGAGGAGCAGGAUGGCGACAUGUUCAACAACUUAUGUAUGAAUCUGAUCAGCAAUGUUAUGACAUUCUUCGAAUGAAUCAAAGGACUUUUGAAGCUUUGUGCAAGAUGCUAGCUGAGCGAUAUGGAUUGAAAGAGACUCACCAUGUCUACCUUGAAGAAUCUGUGGCGAUGUUUCUCGAGACUGUUGGUCAAGAUAAGAUGAAGCGGGAUAUUGCUGCAAGGUAUCAAAGAUCAUUGGAUACGGUCCAACGGAAGCUUGAUGAUGUUUUGAGUGCUAUUCUGAAGUUUACGGAGGUUACAUUAAGACCACAAGAAGGCGAGUUUGGAAGAGUGAGUCAUGUUUUGAGGAAUGAUGAUCGGUAUUGGCCUCAUUUCAGAGAUUGUAUUGGAGCACUCGAUGGAACUCAUGUGUCGGUUCGCCCUCCAAGUCAAAAUACAGAAGUGUAUAAAGGUAGAAAGCAAGAUCCUGCAAUGAAUGUUCUUGCUAUAUGUAACUUCGACAUGAAGUUCAUAUACGCAUAUCUCGGUGUACCUGGUAGAGCACAUGAUACGAAGGUCUUGACUCAUUGUGGGAAUGAGGCUUCUUUCCCACAUCCUCCUCCUAGAAAGUAUUAUCUAGUUGACUCGGGAUAUUCGACUAGGACGGGGUAUCUUGGUCCGCAUCGGAGUAUGUGA